GGAUCAUCAAGCUGCAUGUACGCUGCUCCUCCAGAGACCCAGGACUCUGUGCUGGAUGGUUGCUGCUUACGAGGCAGUCCAAUACGGCAGAUUUCAUGCCCGGUCUUUACAGCUGGAUCUGCUGGACAAAUGGUCGGGGUCUCCGAAAGCCCGGAUUUCCCUGUUAUGGUGGCUACAAGUUCGUCACCUGGUAGAAGGCAGGAAUUUCAAUAUCCACCCGUGGAUUCUACUGACAACGGAUGCCAGCCUCCGGGGUUAGGGGGCUGUGAUUGGGAUGAGCACUGGAAGCUUCUGGAUAAUCUGAAAACGACAGUGGAAGGGCUGGUGUCGGGCAACAGCAGAAAUGUGUGGUCCAAGUAUGGUGGCCUGCAGAGACUCUGUCGAGACAUGAGCAGUAUACUUCAGCAUGGUCUCAUUUGUGAUCAGGUCUACAGUAAGCAGCAGGAUUACUGGAACUUUGUGAAGGGAAGUCAGAGACUGUUUUUGGGAUCUUCCCCACAGGUGGACCAGUUUUUGCUUUUCUAUGAGAACAGCCAGCGGAACGGUGAUGGUAGCAGUGAGGACAGAGGAAAGCUUUGGUUACAGCAGAGUUUGCAAUUUCACUGUCUCUCGGCUCAGCUGAAGGUGCUACUGGGUAACAGGCAAUACACCAAGACGUUCUAUGCAGAUUUUGCCUUCCUGUUGAGUGACACACACGUUACAGCCAUGUUCCAGUGCCUGGAAGCUGUGGAACAGAAUAACCCCAGAUUACUGGCCCAGAUAGACACCUCUGUGCUUGCUGGCAAAAGAGAGUUAACUGUUUCAGGAAAAAGUUUGAGCCUUACAGCUCUGCCUGUUACUCCCAUCAUUCCGUACCCAGGGAAUCCGGAGCAGUCCCUCUACAGCUCCUAUAGCAGCCUGCAAACUCCAGCCAGUAUCCCCGGCAAUGGUAAGAUUUCUCAGGGUGGGGCACUUAUCACUAGGACUAGAGUGAGUAGCUCUGUCAUAAGGAAUUUAUCCAUCCCUCCUGACCAAAACUUGUCUCCCUGCAAGCCCUUUUCUCCUGUAAGUGAGAUGAGCAUCAGCACUAUGACCAGCAACAGCGAGGAAACCGCCAGCCCAGAGGACGUGCCAAGUGAGGCAGAUGAUGGGCCUGAAUACCUGGCUAUUGGAAACAUGAGCCGCAGAGCAUCCACCCAGAGCAGUAAUAGCACAAAUCUCUUCUCUAGCUCCCAAAAGUCUGACACAUCUGUUCAGGCAACUCUGAUUAUUCCCAGCCUCACUCUGCUCUCCGUCCCUCGCCGCUCCAGUUUCUCAGAAGGUCAAAUGAGUAAUGGACCAAGCCACAUCAAGAAGAGCCACAUGCGCUCACAUUCCGACACCCGUGUCGCCAUUGGAAAAAAUAAAGCACUAGGAGUUGACCGGAAUAUCACUAUUAUAAUGGAGCAUCCCGUGGCAGAAUCCAAUUACAAUCUCUCUAGAAGUAAUGCAACGGUUAAUGGAAAAACAAAUACUACUGGCUCACUCUACAUAGAUUAUGACAGCGCUCAAUACUUGAAUGCAACUGAUGGGAUUUUUCGAAGGCCUUCAGAAGGGCAGUCAUUAAUCAGCUACCUUUCUGAGCAAGAUUUUGGCAGCUGUGCUGACUUAGAGAAGGAGAAUGCUCACUUUAGCAUUUCAGAAUCUCUGAUAGCGGCUAUUGAGCUCAUGAAAUGUAACAUGAUGAGCCGUCAGCUUCAGGAAGAGGAAGAGGACAGUGACCGAGAGAUUCGGGAGCUGAAACAGAAGAUCCGUCUCCGCCGACAACAGAUACGAACCAGGAAGACCUCAAGCAAUGAUGAACAACCCAGCAGCCUGGGUGUACUGGACUUUAGCUCAGGGGUAAUUUCCCAUGACUCAUCUCGUCUGUCGGAUUCUGGCUCCGUAGAUGAGGUAGAUGAUUUUAAAGACAUCGAUUUAAGGAAGUGCACAGACAGCCAAUUGGUUCAGAGCUCUGACUCCAUAUCACACUCCCUCCUUUACUCCAACUCCGCUGAAGCUGUAGCCAUGGGACUUCUGAAACAGUUUGAGGGGAUGCAAUUGCCAGCUGCCUCUGAGCUGGACUGGCUGGUUCCAGAACACGAUGCUCCCCAGAAGCUCCUGCCUAUUCCAGAUUCAAUGCCAAUUUCACCAGAUGAUGGAGAACAUGCAGACAUAUACAAGUUGCGCAUCCGUGUUCGUGGGAACUUAGAAUGGGCACCACCAAGACCACAGAUUAUCUUCAACAUCCACACAGCUCCCACAAAGAAAGUGGCAGUCACAAAGCAGAAUUACAGAUGUGCCGGCUGUGGAAUUAGAAUUGAGCCUGAUUACAUUAAAAGGCUCCGGUACUGUGAGUACUUGGGUAAGUAUUUUUGCCAAUGCUGCCAUGAGAACGCCCAAUCUGUUAUUCCCGGGCGCAUUCUGCGGAAAUGGGACUUCAGCAAAUAUUAUGUUAGUAACUUCUCCAAGGACCUUCUCACCAAGAUUUGGAGUGAUCCACUUUUCAACCUGCAUGAUAUCAACAAUGCUAUGUACCGAAAAGUGAAGGCUCUGGAGCAAGUCCGGCUCUUAAGAAUCCAGCUAGUGCAUUUGAAAAAUAUGUUCAAAACUUGCAGACUGGCUAAAAGCAUACUGGAAUUAUAUGACAGUGUGCCCGGACACCUUACGGAAGACCUCCAUCUCUUCUCCUUAAAUGAUCUCGCUGCCAUAAAGAAGGGGGAAUUGGCUCCACGAUUGAAGGAAUUAGUAAGGCUGGGAACCUUGCAUGUGGAUAAAUGCAUGCUGUGCCAGGCCAAGGGCUUCAUAUGUGAGUUCUGUCAGAAUGAAGACAUCAUUUUCCCAUUCGAGUUAGUGAAGUGUCGAAGAUGUGAAGAUUGCAAGGCCUGUUAUCACAGAUACUGCUUCCGCUCUGACCACUGCCCAAAGUGUGAACGUUUACGGGCAAGGAGGGAUCAAAUGGCCAGACAGAGCCUUGAGUCCUACAAUUCUGAACAAGAGGAGGAGGAAACGUCACAGGAGAGGAAUGCUGAUUGAAUGUGUUUAAGUAACAAUAAGGGGAGUGAAGUGUAUGUUGUAAUUCCCAUGGCCACUAGGAAGCAUUAUGAGCCACAUUACACUGCAGCUUGGGUUCUUCCAGCAAGAGGUUCAUUGAAAGGCUACUCCCAAAGUACAUUUGCUGCUUUCAAGUUAUUGUGAUGGGUUGGGUACAAUAUCCGGUGCUCAGCAUGCCGACUGUCUGAAUCCCGGCAGGGGAAUCCAGACAGACUUUGGUAAAUUUUGUAAUCAUAAACCUAAUCCUCCCCUCUCGCUGACCUAACCUUGACCCCAGUACAAUCCGUUGGGAUUCUGCUGACUGGAUUCUGACCGUCUGCAUGCCGAGUGCUGGGAUUGACUACAUCUCAUUGGGAUUACUCAGUUAUUUCAGUUUUAUUUGUUUCUGGCAAGCAAAAUAUAGUUUAACUCGCGGUUCAGAUGUGGCAGCCUUUUAUUGUCCAAGUAAAUAAUAUAUUAUGUCAAGUUUUGGAUUGAUUAUUGCAGUCAUGUAGGGCCCGAUGGGAUCCUGCAAGUGUGUGGCCAAAUCAGGUUAUGAUCUUCCCUUCCAUCAUAACUGUGUUACAAGAUCCGAGAUUAUGUGAAACUCCACUGAUAGUUAUACAAGUCCAUUGUUGCCAAGAAAUAUUAGGUUUCUCUUUCUUUUAGCACAUUAUGGAUAAUUUCAGGUGAGCAAGUGGGGUGUGGCCUGUUCAAGCUCUUUGAUGUAGAGCACAACUAGAAAUAAUAUUGAAAUAAUAAUCGGCAGCAUGAAUUUUGUCUGGGAAGUGGCGAUGCGUUACAGCAGGUAUAGGUAAUCUGUGGUUGUGUAUUUUGCCUUUCAGCUUCAGUUCCCUUUAUGCUUAUCCAGGCUGCUUUUGGCAGUGCAUGCUGGGAGUUCUAGCUCAUUACCUAAACCUGUAGUAAACCCUAGUGGUACAGUAAUCAUUAAAUAACUGGGGGGGGGGGGGGAAAUAACUGGAGGUUUCACUUUUCAUGUUAAAGGGAAACAAAUAGCUAACAAGAUUGAAUUGACAUUACUAUGUGGUCAUUGGGUCACGUGACCAUGUCCUGCUGUAUUGCACUAAUGUACUAACUGAUUGUAUGCCCAAUCACAGUAUUGAUUUGUCCCGUCCAAAGGUUUGAGUAACAUUUAUUGUCUAUUAUUCAUAUAUAUUUUAUGUUAUUUAACUAUAUGCACUUUCUUAAUCAGCAUUUAAGGUGGUUCAUUUAGCUGGAGCCUCAACGAGGACAGUUUGUCCCUAAAUGACACAGAAAAAGAAUGUAUGCAAAGCACAGGUGGAGUGUUCUAAACAUAUCCUAUCUGACAUGGCAGCUCUUGGACACUCUCCUGUGCUUGUACUUCUUGGCACUCCUCUCUGCACCCACGCUGGACUGACUGUUGUUGGUGUGAAGGUUUCAGUGCAGAGCUGUUGAAGUUCAUGAAAUUCAGACCUUUGAGCAGCUCAUCACUGUACAGACAGAUAUACAUGAGCAAAACACGUCAUUUAUCUGCUCCAUGCUAAUGAAAGCCUACCGUGGCUUUGUUAACUUUUAGCAUCUAGAAUUCCUUAGAUAAGGACUAUGGAGUGUCUAAAGUACUCUUUAAUCUGGUAGCGUGCACGCUGAACAGCUGAGGCAGUAAUUUUUGGCUCACAACCAAUAUUAAUAAGGAAUAAAUAACUUUACCGUGCAGCCAUUAUUCCAACAAAAUGGCUGCAUUCACUGUGGAUUCUCUUUCAGCAGUUUUUUUGUACGUGUAUAGAAAGACUGCUUUGUUGCAACUUUAAUGUUUAAAAUUGAAGUAGAAGCCAAAUACACUUAUACAUUCAUCUAUUCGUGAGAAUAGUCUGCCGGUGACUUCUUUGUGCUAUCUUGAACAACAUCAUUUAAGAUUCAAGCUAUGCCUACAAGUUAGCUGCUUGGAGUAGGAUUGUGUUAUGUUUGUGGCACUGAUCUUUUUUUCCUGUGCUGAUUUUACGGAUUUGUUUUAAGAUCAUUUCAGUGCAGACUCAGCUUAUCAUAGUAAGACACGUUUAACAGCAUUUUUACACGCAUUUUCAUUUUGUCACAAAUUGUAAAGCCUGUCAUCUGUUUACUUUCAUUACUACGUGCUCAGUGUCUCCUUUUAUUAAUGCACCUUUGUUCCUGAUCUGCUACCUGUGAAUUAUGCACUUAUUGUGGGGUACCUGAUGACUGAUUUACAACCCAGUGUUAAGCCCAGUACCCACGGGCCGAUGCAGGAGAGAUGUGUGCUGAGCGUACCGCUCAGCACACAUCUCUCCUGCCGCUCAGCACAGCGCGAUGUGUGCUGAGCGUGCGGGGGGAGACGGGGGGGCCGCUCAUUUCACCCAGCGGGUGAAGUGAGCGACCCGCUAGAUUGGCCUGCAUGCAGGCCAAUCUAGCAGCAGCAAUAGCGAUGUGCGGGGCCGCGCAUCGCUAUCGCUGAGGGGGCUACACACUGAGCGAUCAUGCCAAUAUUCUAAGCAAUCUAGUCAGAUUGCUUAGAAUAUCGCUCCGUGAGUACCCCCCCUUUAGAUGCUGAAUGUGCGCUUUCUGCUUUACUACCUUCAUUCUAUUGAUUGGCACUUACAGAAACCCAGGUUUACACUAAUCUGGCAGCUGUCUUCACUCCACAAGUUUUAUUGCUCCUCUAAUUUUAUUCAUUAUUAAUAUUAUUAAAGCAUAUGCAACUGAGCUGUAAGUUCUGCUGCAUGCUGUCUUUAAGGUGUUGCCACAAGCAAAAUGCUGGCCAGCAAAAGCAAAGCAUAGACAUUGUUACAUGUUUUUGCAUUGAUAAUACCCUUAGGCCUGGUACACACUAGAUCGAUAUUGGCACGAUUUUCCAUAACUGAACAACAAGUCGUGCAUAUUGCCUAGUGUGUAUGCCUGAUUGCCCGCUCCCGCAGGUCACAUGCGACAACUUCUGGCAGGUCAUGCUGCAUGGCCAAGCAGAAGAUACCCUGUGCGACCUGAUGCAUUGUAAUGAAGGAUGGAAAGAGAUGUCGUUCAUUACAUUGUGCAGUGUAUACAGGCAAUCUUGCAUGGUCCAUGGCAACUAUCGUCAAGAUUAGCGGUCAUUCUAAUGUGGACCCGGCAUUAGUUCAUUUAGUAGCAACAGCUUGUAAAAUGAAGUGUAAAGGACCACUAACAACCAAUGUUUGUGUAUGGUGUAUUCAUGAGAAGGUUGUUGUCUGCACAGGGUGUUUAUUUUGCUCACCCUGACGGCACAGUCUUAUCAAGAUAAAUACUGUAUGAGGCACUGCUGUAGGCUUCAGCUAAAUAUACCAAUAACUCGGUCAUAAUAGUGACUGAAACCUGUACACUGUAAAUGUGUUGUGAUAACGCUGUAAAUACUAAUUGUUCCAAUUGUAUUAUGAUGCCUCAUUGUCUGUUGCACAAAAUAAUUGCAAUUCGUCCUAAAUAAAAGAAACCAUUGUAAAAAGGAAA